AUGUCCACUCGAUGCCCUGCUUGUUCCCGCGACAAUUUCACUGUUACUGGUCUGAGUCAACAUCUUGCCAAGAGCCGCAACCCACAUUGUCGAGCACUGUACCAUCAGUCGCGCUCCCAAGUACCUACCAGCGAACCACAAUUCGAGCCUGACGAGUCGACUUGGCCUGACUUGGAUCUUGAUGGAGGAUAUGAAGAGGACGAGCCUGAGGAUGAGUUAGCCCAGUGGGCUCAGGAGCAAUCUGGUGGUAGUGAGGAUGAGGAUGUAGACGAUGAAGGGUGGAAUUUCGAACCUGAAUGGGAGCCUCCCGUCGCAGAGCAAGAUGAGCAUGAUGACAUGGAUGCCAUCGAAGAUUUGGCUGAUGAUGAUGAAGCUUUCCGAGAAGAUCAAUGCCGUGCUCACCAGGAUAUUCAAGCACGCGCACAAGGGCAGCAUGGUUGUGUGGUCGUGCCCUACCCAGAUCUGCGUGCUGGCCAACAAAUAACUAACUGUCGUGCUGCGAACAUGGAGUAUGGGGCGCACCUUGCCAAUGCGGAGGAGAAUUUGUAUCACCCUUAG